UCGCUCUUAAAUAUACUCUUAAAUCUACCACACUGUCCGGAGCUCGCCAUGGGGACUGACGCCGCCGCCGCCAUUUAUCUCUUCACGCCGAGUACUUCUCUCUCAACGCGCUCGUGUCCACUCAGGACAAAAUCUGUCGUCCCGCGGCCUUUCUUCUCGUCCACUUCUGCUUCAAUUCGGCGGCAUGUUAUCCAAUUCAAAAUCUCUAAGCGCUGGCGGUUCACCCCUUGGUCGUGUACGUCGCCUUACCUGGACGCGGAGCCAUCGCAGCAGCUCGGCAUCCUCAUGGAAGUCGAUGGGGUUCUUGCAGAUCUAUAUCGCCUAGGCAACUGCGAAGCAUUCAAUGUAGCAUUUCAGAAACUUGGGCUUGAUUGUGCAAAUUGGACAGAACCAAUAUAUGCAGAUUUGAAAAGGAAGACUGCUGGUGAUGAAGAAAGGAUGCUGAUAUUAUUUUUUAACAGGAUUGGUUGGCCAAGUUCAUUGCCCACUCCUGAGAAAGAAGCAUUCAUGAAGCGUAUAAUGCGGGAAAAGUGGAAAGCUCUACAAGACUUUGCGAUAUCAAGUGAUUUAGCUUUACGACCUGGAGUUGAAAACUUUAUUGAUGAAGCAAUUCAAGAAGGCCUACCUCUAGUUUUGCUUACUGCUUACAGCAAAAAUGGUGAUGAAGUAUGCAGAUCUAUAAUCGAUAAGCUAGGCCAUGAUCGGAUAUCGGAAGUAAAAGUAGUUGGCAAGGAGGAAGUGCAACAAAGUUACUAUGGACAGCUUGUUCUUGGCAAAGGAGUCUCGUCUAGUCUGGAUGAGCAGCUUGCUAAAGAAGCAAAAAAAGCUGUUUCUAUGGAGAAGCAAAGAGUUGCUCAGGAGGUUGCCUCCAUUCUGAAAUUGAAUGUUGAUAUUGAUAGAAGCUCAAUUGAAAGCACUGAUUUGGUUGUUGCAACAUUACGUGCUGGCGCUGAAUACAUCGGACUGCCAGUGCAAGACUGUGUGCUCAUUGCAGGGAGCCAAUCUGGUCUAGUAGGAGCUGAGAGGAUAGGCUUAUCUAGUGUUGUUAUUCGAAGCAGUUCCACUGCCCGUGCCGAGUUCGACAAAGCAAAAGCUGUGAUGGAUGGAUUCGGCGGAGCAGAUCUAACUGUCUCUAAGCUCCUCAACAAGAGAUUUACAGAUCCUCGCUGAAAAAACUAACAAAUGGUGUACUUAGUACCAUCCACGGUAUUCCUAUGGCAUAUUGUAUAAAGCAAAUUUUAUAAAACAAAUUCAUAAGGUCCCAAAUUCCACGUAUGUUUGCUGGGUACAAGGGUUAUUGAAGCAUCAUAUUCAAUAGAACAACAAAUCCCGCAGUUCAAUGCAUGCUGGCAACAUGAUACUGAACAUUUCAGUAUUUGUAGUGAAAGGUGAUAUUCUGCAAAAAAAAAAAAUGCUUCCGUUCCCCAUGAGAUGCCCAAUCUGAUUCAGAGAUCAAUUAAUUGUCUUAUGGUCUUUUGCUGAGGCUUUUUAUAUUCGAAUUGUAUCAUCAAAAUGUAGUAACAAGAAACUUUCAUAAAAUCGGCAGAGUUGUAACUAUGGGCAAUCAAAUCAUCCUAAGGUGUGAAAGGUUUAGAUAUCUC